CCAUCUUUCUCGCCGAAUGUCUUGCAUUCUACAGCUCCUGGAAGCCUUUUGAAGAGCUUAUAGUUAAUAGUUUAUGUCUGAUGCUAUCUAGUGUACAUUGAUCUUGGUUGACACUGCUGGAAAAUGUAUAUUUUAUCUUAGAUGUUUAUAGAAUUUAGUUAGGGAAGCUUUUCUUUGUUACAGAGAGUGCUACUCUUUUAAGAUGCAACCCUUUGGGCAAACUGUAUAGCUCUUUUGACCUUAAUAGAAACAAAGAUGAAACAUACCUUAAAAUUUGCUUUAGUGUUCAUCAGAAUGACAGAAGAAUGGGCUUACGGCGCAGCUUCUGUUUAUGGGAAAGUAAUUCUUUGUUGAAGGAUGUAAUAGAUAGGUUCACAGUAAAUCUGAAUUUUAGAGCUUCAUUUGUAGUUGCAUCUCUUUGUGCUCCUUUCUCUUUUAAUGCCAGCAGAGUUUCUGAAGUUGUUGCACGGUCACAGUUGUUGAUAUACUUCUAUUCACUAAAAGAAAAGACAGUUGUCACAUCCAAACACCCUUUUUAGGAAAGAGUAAUCUGUCUUCUCUGCAAUCCAUGCUACCUCCUCGCCCAUCAGACCCUUCGCUGGCUGUACCUGGAACAGCAGCUAUGGUCAUGCCCCCUCCGCAACUAUCUGGUGUUCCAGAAGGAAAUUUGUCACAUGCUGGAAACUACCCUUUCAAUGGGAACGUGCAUCCACAGAAGACAGAUCUAUUGCAUAGAAAUAACAUGAGAGCUGAGGCUUCUCAAGAAGUGGGAGCAAUGUCUUCUGCUCCAGCAUUUAUGCAGACUUCUUUUCAGUCUUCUCAUCCAAAUUCAAGUACCCCAGCAACUCAUUUUGCACCUAACAAUUAUAGUAACAUGCCCACAUGGAUGUCCCCUGCAGCAACAUUUCAGGUGGCUGCAGGAAGGCCUAACACUCCUAUAACUCCUGGUCCCCCUGGACUAGCUUCUUCUGUACCUUCUCCAUCAAACUCUACCUUACAGGUUUCAUCUGCAGAUUCUGCUGCAGUUCUAAGAACCUUCACACCUACAGCUCCUGUUUUCACCCACCCCACCCAUCAUAAUGUGUACUCAGCUCCAUCAGCUCAGGCUGCUCCUCCUGGACAAUGGUUGCAGCCUCAGCAUAUUAGUGGAUUUGCUAGACCGCAAUUUUCACAAUAUACUACUUUAAUGCCUGGGCCUUAUCCCAUGCCUAAUCAUGGUACACCUCCACUUUCAGUUACGUUGCCUGAUAUCCUACCUCCUGGAGUUUCUCCAGUAGUUUCAGCUGUAGGAGCCGGUACGUCUACCUCAGCUGCUAGCCAGUCAUCUGCUCAGGAAGAGUUGCCUCCUGGAAUUGAAAAUGUUAAACACGCUGGAUCUUCUGAUGUCAAAGACGAACCUGCUAGUGCAGAAUUGGAUGCUUGGACAGCACACAGGACAGAGAAUGGGACCAUAUAUUAUUAUAAUGCACUGACAGGGGAGUCCACUUAUGAGAAACCUCCAGGCUUUAAAGGAGAGUCUGAUAAAGCGACUGUGCAGCCAACCCCUGUUUCAUGGGAGAAAUUAACUGGUACGGAUUGGACGUUGGUCACCACUAAUGAUGGCAAAAGAUACUAUUACAACACGAGAACACAGUUAAGCAGCUGGCAAAUACCUAGUGAGGUGGCAGAUUUGAGAAAGAAACAGGAUGCAAAUCCUCUGAAAGCCCAAUCACCAUCAGUAAUAAACACAAAUCUAGCAACUGAAAAAGGAUCUGAUACCAUUAGUUUAAGCACACCUGCUGCUACAACAGGUGGCCGUGAUGCUACAGCUUUUAAAUCUACAAGUGCUACUGGGUCAUCUUCUGCAUUGGAUCUUAUCAAAAAGAAGUUGCAGGAUUCUGGUAUGCCCGACUCUACUUCCACUGGACCUGCUUUGUCAGGCACAAUGGCUGUGGAACUGAAUGGCUCAAAACCAACUGAGGGUACCAUCAAGGGCAUCCAAAAUGAAAGCAACAAACACAAGGAUACAAAUGGUGAUGGUGAUUUGUCAAAUUCCUCUUCUGAUUCAGAGGAUGAAGAUGGAGGUCCCACCAAGGAGGAAUGCAUCCUCCAAUUUAAGGAGAUGCUCAAGGAACGAGGCGUGGCGCCAUUCUCAAAAUGGGAGAAAGAACUGCCUAAAAUAGUGUUUGAUCCACGCUUUAAGGCAAUCCCAAAUCACAGUGCACGAAGAGCGAUUUUUGACCAUUAUGUCCGAACACGUGCAGAAGAGGAGCGGAAGGAGAAGAGAGCUGCUCAAAAGGCUGCAUUGGAGGGUUUCAAGCAGUUACUGGAAGAAGCAAAGGAGGAUAUCAAUUACAACACUAAUUACCAAACAUUUAAGAGGAAAUGGGGUGAGGAUCCACGGUUUCAAGCAUUGGACAGAAAGGAAAGAGAACUUUUGCUUAAUGAGAGGGUUUCUUCUCUGAAACGGACUGCUCAAGAAAGAGUUCAGGCAGAGUGGGCUGCUGCAGUAUCCAGUUUCAAGUCUAUGCUAAAAGAUAAAGUAGAAAUUACUUCUAGUUCCCGCUGGUCUAAGGUGAAGGAUAGCUUGAAAGGCGAUCCGAGAUACAAGUCUGUGAAACAUGAGGAUCGGGAGAAAUUGUUCAAUGAAUACCUUGCUGAACUAAAGUCUGCCGAAGAAGAAAUAUUGCGAAAGGAAAAGGCAAAACAGGAUGAGGAGGAGAAACUGAAGGAAAGAGAACGAGCUUUGCGCAAGCGGAAAGAGAGGGAGGAGCAAGAAGUUGAGAGGGUGAGGCAGAAAGCUCGCCGCAAGGAGGCUGUUGAGUCAUACCAAGCUUUAUUGGUAGAAACAAUAAAAGACCCGCAGGCCUCCUGGACAGAAUCAAAGCCUAAGCUCGAGAAGGAUCCACAAGGGCGCUCAGCAAAUCGUCAUUUAGAUAAACCUGACUUAGAGAAAUUUUUCCGGGAGCAUGUCAAACGAUUGCACGAGAGAUGUGUAUCCGAUUACCGAGCAUUAUUGUCGGAUGUCAUAACAGCAGAAGUGGCAGCAGGGCAAGAAACGAAAGACAAAGACGGAAAAACCAUCACUACAUCUUGGUCCACAGCCAAGCAAGUAUUGAAAGGCGAUCCGAGGUACAACAAGAUGCCGAGGAAAGAGAGGGAGUCUUUAUGGCGUCGCCAUGCCGAGGACAUCCAGCGGAAGUUGAAGAAGGUACAGGCGCAGGAACAAGAAGCCGGGGAGAAGCAGCAGCCGGCAGAUGGGAAGGGCAGAGCUUCUGUUGAGCCCGGGAAGCCCUCUUCUGGCACACAGAGAGCUCGGUGACUAAAAGAGUAAGACUGAUACUUGUCGGACUCCAUGGUUUUGUGUUGGUUCCUGGUCAGAUAUUAGAUCAUAGAUGCAGAGAGAGAGGUGAAAAGGAAUCUAAGUGUUAAUCUGGUGAAAUAUGUAUUGAUGUUUGUCUUUGUUCUGUACUGUGGAUUUUUCACUACUAACUUCACUUCAUGGUCUAUGACUAUGUUGCUUCAUUUCUUA